CGAGUGAAGCGUGAAUGGAGUCGAGGAUAGAGUCGCCUCGAGUACGAUAAAUCUCGACCCCCGGGGUCGACCGAGGCCCUCUCGAUCGUGCGUCGUAUCAACGAUCAUCGUGGCUGCUGCCACUAUCGAUAUCGGCGGGCCCACGCACUGCCGUCGGAAGCGUAGAAAGUGCUGCUGCUGCGUGUGUGUCGAACAGGUGUCCCCCCACUUCGGCGGCCUAACCUCGGCGCUAGCCUCAGUGGCUCUGCAGUGUCGGAUGUACAUGUAUGUGCGGCGUAUGGGAUGUGCACCUGGAGCCGUUCUUGUUACUAGGUCACAAGAGGUGUGUAUCAAUGAGAUUCGUGGUAAUCGGCAAUCGUUGCCCGCGCGGUCGGUCGACGUUUCGCAGCCACGGUGGCCGCAUGUGCGAAACACGCCGAAACACAACGACGUGACGUGUAACGUGCGUCUCGCGAAAGUGUGCCUCCGUCUGCUGUCUCUCAGCACAGCCAGAGGAUAAGUUCAACCGAUAUCGUCUCCGCUUCUCGCGCCCAGCGUCUCUCUCUCUCUCUCUCUCUCUCUUUCUGUCUCUCUCUCAAGAGACGCUUCAGUUCACACGAAUUCUCGCCGUUGGAUCACGUCGUGCUUUCUCGCGUUCCGCUUCUCUCUCGUCUUCCGCCACCAACUGUAUAUCCCUGUUUGCUCGUACAACAGGGCUUGCAAAAGAGCGAAUGUACGCACGCACGUACGUACGUACGCAUACGUGCGUCCGGGAUCGGGCAGUGACGUAUCGAUAGCUCGUUACGUGUCGCGACGACUUCCAUCGCCGGCUAUUUCCACCGGUGGUCUCUCAAAUAACAGACGUUUCUCUUUUGUGGUGUUCGUCGCGGAGCAACGUCGCGAAGCUCCGACGGUCGUUCGUUUACGAAGACGUGCAAAUAUUAUUGCGUACGUGGUGUGUUCUUCACCGGAGACAGAGAGGCGAUUACCACCUCCCCCUCCCACCGUCCUCUGAAGGAAGCUGGCGUGAAGGCGAUCGACAGAGCGCGAGGUCUCGAGGAUUAUAAAACUGGAUCGCGAAAGCCUCAGUGCCAGAGCGUAGUCAUGUAAUUCAGUGGAUCACGAUAGCUCACACAGUGCUGUCUGAUCUCUCCCCUGAGAGAGGAGCCCCGGUUUAGCCGAACGGCGCCUGUUGAUAGAACGGGCCUGGUCUGACAGCUGAAGCUGAUCGCGCCUCCAACCGCGAAGGAUCGGGUGAUGAGCUCAGGGCACCAGGCGACCGGCCCCGUCACAACAUGUUGUUCCGCUCCAAGAUUCGCAUUCACACGUGUCAAGUGAUACUGCUCACGUCGCUGGUAUGGUUCCUGGUGGACGUGAUGGUGCUGAUGCUCUACUCGGACUGCAUCGGCGGGUCAGGAUGGGGUUGCACGGAGAACGGCAAACAGCAGCAGCAGCAGCAACAGCAACAGCAACAGCAACAACAACAGCAGCAGCAGAUAUUAACGGAAGAAAACGUGCCGCAUUCGAAGGCAGCGUUGUCGAGGGAGGAGGAACAGAUACAGUCGAGCGGCCAUCAAAGUAGAAAACGGUACAAACGGUCGGAGCUGCAUUUGUGGAGGCCGGCGAAGGUUCUCCGCGAGAAUAAAGGGAUGCCCGGCGAGAUGGGCGCGGCAGUGCACAUCUCGCCGGAAGACGAGGCCAGGCAGCAGGAGCUCUUCAAACUGAAUCAGUUCAACCUGAUGGCCAGCGAUAUGAUCUCGUUGAACCGGUCGCUCAAGGAUAUUCGAUUAGAGGGCUGCAAGGCCAAGAAGUACAAUAAAUAUCUGCCGGAUACCAGCAUCGUCAUAGUGUUCCACAACGAAGCGUGGAGCACGCUGUUGAGGACCGUUUGGUCGGUCAUUAAUCGGUCCCCGCGUACCCUGUUGAAGGAGAUCAUACUGGUGGACGAUAAGAGCGAGCAAGAUCACUUGAAACAAGACCUGGAGGAUUAUGUAAAAACGCUACCAGUCCCUACGUACGUGUACCGUACCGAGAAAAGAUCCGGUCUAAUCAGAGCCAGGCUACUGGGGGCGAAACACGUGAAAGGGCAAGUUAUAACGUUCCUGGACGCUCAUUGUGAAUGCACAGAAGGUUGGCUGGAGCCUUUGCUGUCCCGGAUCGCCGAAGAUAGGACCACCGUUGUCUGUCCCAUCAUUGAUGUGAUUAGCGACGAUACCUUUGAGUACAUUCCAGCCAGCGACAUGACAUGGGGUGGUUUCAAUUGGAAACUGAAUUUUAGAUGGUACAGAGUGGCGCAAAGAGAAAUGGAUAGGAGAUUAGGGGAUAGAACAGCCCCUCUGAGGACACCGACUAUGGCCGGCGGUUUAUUUUCUAUUGAUAAGGAUUAUUUUUACGAAUUGGGGGCGUAUGACGAGGGCAUGGAUAUUUGGGGCGGUGAAAACCUCGAAAUGAGCUUCCGGGUAUGGCAAUGCGGUGGGACGUUAGAAAUCAGUCCAUGUUCACAUGUUGGACAUGUGUUCCGAGACAAGAGUCCGUAUACAUUCCCUGGUGGUGUCAGCAAAGUAGUUCUACACAAUGCGGCUAGGGUGGCCGAAGUCUGGAUGGAUGAGUGGAGAGAUUUUUACUAUGCCAUGAACCCAGGAGCUCGAAACGUAGAUGUUGGAGAUGUAUCUGAGAGGAUUAAACUAAGGGAACGUCUUAAGUGUAAAAGCUUUAGAUGGUAUUUGGAAAAUAUUUAUCCAGAAUCUCCUAUGCCAUUAGAUUAUUACUAUUUGGGUGAUGUACAAAAUGUUGACACACAAACUUGUUUGGACACUAUGGGUAGAAGAACAGGUGAAAAUGUUGGAAUUAGUUAUUGUCAUGGAUUAGGUGGUAAUCAGGUGUUUGCUUAUACUAAACGACAGCAAAUUAUGUCUGAUGAUAUGUGCCUUGAUGCAGCUAGUCCCCAAGGUCCUGUUAAAAUAGUACGAUGUCAUGGUAUGGGUGGAAAUCAAGCAUGGGUUUAUAACGAAGAGACAAAGAUGAUUAAACAUACCAAUACAGGACAUUGCUUAUCAAAGCCUCGAUCGAACGAUGCAAUGCAACCUGUAUUAGCACCUUGUGAUUCACAGAAUAUCGGCCAGAAAUGGAUAAUGCGUAGUAAAUUCCGAUGGCAGGCCAGCUAAUACGAGGUGUUUACAAGUGCAACAUUUGUAUGUAAUACUUGUUGACCUAUUUAAAUGCUACAUUGAAGGACUGAUAUUCAAGAGAAGAUAUUCCAUAUAUUGAAAAAAAAUCAAGGAAAGGAACACUAGUAUUAUACUCUGUAAAAACAAUUCAGUAUCACGUUUUGUCGAUUUAUUAAACCGUCGACGGGAUUAAUAGUGAUAGUAAACAAGAAAUUGACUACACCUUGAAACUGAGAGAUUGAGGUUGAUGCUUUUUAGUUAUAUAAGAUUUAUUUACUGUUACUAGCAGUAUCGUGUAUAUACUGCCAUUUUUCAUGGUAUGCCUUGAUUGAUGAUGCACAAGAGUGUUGAAAGAAAAAAAGAAUCUAUUUCCAACUGUGUGUGAAUGUACACAAGUGAUACUAAGAAACACGUAUGUGAACAUUCUUCUUUUUUUUCUAGUAAACAGUAGAGAAGAAAGCAUAUCAGAUCACUGUUAUAAAUAAAUAAUUGUUAAUACGAAAAAGAGACAUAUUUGAUAAUAUGGGAUGAGUGCAAUGCUGGAUGACUGGAAGAUAUAUCAGUGCAUUGAAACACAAAUAUAUUGAUGGUAUAAAUGGCGCAUUACUACAGAGAAUGAAUGAUAGAAUGCAAGUGAUAUGAUUACGAUUAUGAUUUAGAACUUAUACUGUACAAUUUUCUAGUAAUUAGGGAAGAGCACUGAAUCUUUUUAUACUGAUGUUUCUAACAGUUCCUUGUUGCAUCUCGUUCAUAUAAUUUAGUUGUUAUCUUCUUUUUAUUCGUUUAAAAAGAUAAAUGUACUUAUAUCUGAAUUCGCCAUAGCAAUAUGAGAUUAACGAGAUAUCGUUUAAGAAUAGAAAAAAAGGGGAAAAAAAACUAUCGACUGUUAUUCGCUGUAUCGUUAUACUUUAAAUACUUUCUUAAAUUCAAGACAAGAUGUCUUCCGUAUUUCCUUAAUGAAAAAAAAAAAAAAAUGCUAGAUAUUUUUAUGAUAUUCCUAACACUUUACAUAGUUAUAAUUCUUCAUAGAUUCGGACCCUUUUUAUUUUCUGCACACUCGAAGCGUGCUGAAAAUUUAGAGUGCAAUAUUCUUAUCGAGUAAGACGCGACAGAAACACAUUUCCUGUAACUAAUGUAAAAAUGUUGUUAUCAGAUUCUGGCGCCCUUCCCUUGCAUUAUCAUAAGGUUGAACAUCUUUCGUACUUCAAAAAGAGAGAAAAAGAUAGUCAACAAAAUAAAAUAAUGUUUCUGAGAAAAAUGUUGACUAAUAAUUAUACUUACAUUCAAAGUUGUGGGAAGAAAUUAACUGAUUCUGUAACUUUAAACGCGCACGUGCGCGAAGAAACACAUUAAACUACAUUUAUAAUAUAUAAAAUAUAUAUGACACUAAAAUUUCAAUUUAGGAACUUUAACACUUCAAGGAAUAUACUCAAUUUUAAGUUACAUGAAAGAAUGGUGAUGGUGCAAAAAUUAUCGUGUGUUUACAGCUUAAUUACAUAUUUAAUUAUUCGUGCAAGACGAUAGUAUUUAUUUUUGUACAGGAGUUGAUUUUUAUUGAAUCAGUAUAUUAUUUGAC